CGCGCCGCCCGGGAGCGGCAGACGGGACAGGCGGGCAGGCGGACGCGCCGUCGGGGCCAGAGGAGCCCGAGGGGGCAGCCGGCACCGCACCGGCGGGGGAACCUGCCCAGCAGCGCCAGAGCCGGCGGAGAGAGCCGCUCCCCCCCACUCCUCCCUCCCCAAUCCACCCCCGCGACCCUGGUCCUCCUCCUCCUCCUCCUUCUCCUCCUCCUCCUCACCCCACUGGAUACAGCGAGGGAGACACUGCGGCGGAGGCGGCGGCGGCGGCGGCUGCUCCUGCGGGGGGAAGGAAGCGCCCGGAGAGCGGAGCGGCAGGAGGCUGCGGAUCUGUGUGCCUGGCGCCCACCCAGCCCGAGGGGAGCCCCCAGGAUGCGGCUGAAGCCCGGCGCGCUUCUGCGCUUCUACAGCCUCUGCGGGAUCCUCAUACAAGGCAGCCAAGGGCAGUUUCCACUUACACAGAAUGUCACGGUUGUUGAAGGGGGAACAGCAAAUUUGACCUGCAGGGUCGAUCAAAAUGAUAACACCUCCCUCCAGUGGUCAAAUCCAGCUCAACAGACGCUGUACUUUGAUGACAAGAAAGCUCUGAGGGACAACAGAAUUGAGCUGGUUCGAGCGUCAUGGCAUGAGCUGAGUAUCAGCGUCAGUGAUGUGUCUCUGUCGGAUGAAGGGCAGUACACCUGCUCUUUAUUUACUAUGCCUGUCAAAACUUCCAAGGCUUUUCUUACCGUUCUUGGUGUUCCUGAGAAACCACAAAUUACUGGAUUUACUUCACCAGUUAUGGAGGGAGAGAGGAUGCAGCUAACAUGCAAGACCUCUGGUAGUAAACCAGCAGCUGAUAUCAGAUGGUUCAAGAACGACAAAGAAGUUAAAGAUGUUAAAUAUUUAAAAGAAGAAGAUGCAAAUCGUAAAACAUUCACAGUCAGCAGCACACUGGAUUUCCUAGCAGAUCGCAGUGACGAUGGUGCAGUUGUAAGUUGCAGAGUAGACCAUGAGUCCCUAAACUCUACACCUCAGAUAGCAAUGCAGGUUCUAGAAAUACACUAUACACCUUUAGUUAAAAUCAUUUCUUCCAAUUCAUGGCCUGAAGAAGGACAAUCUAUAAUUUUGACUUGUGAAUCCAAAGGAAAACCAGUGCCAGAACCAGUACUGUGGACAAAGGACGGUGGCGAGCUGCCAGAUCCAGAAAGAAUGGUUGUCAAUGGCAGGGUUCUAAGCAUCAGUUUCCUUAACAAAACGGACAAUGGCACUUAUCGAUGUGAAGCAAAAAAUCCUAUUGGCCGAAACAGCACAGAAUAUGUCCUGAUAGUACAUGAUGUUUUCAACACUUUGCUUCCCACUACUGUCAUCCCCUCCCUUACCACUGCAACAGUCACAACCACUGUAGCCUUAACAACCAGCAAAACCACAUCGGCAACAGCCAUCAACACCAGAGAUCCUAAUGCUUUGGCUGGAAAGACCGGACCUGACCAUGCUCUUAUAGGAGGAAUAGUGGCUGUAGUUGUCUUUGUAACGCUAUGUUCUAUAAUUCUGCUUGGUCGAUACCUGGCAAGACAUAAAGGAACAUAUUUAACAAAUGAAGCAAAAGGAGCUGAAGAUGCACCUGAUGCCGACACAGCCAUUAUCAAUGCAGAAGGCAGCCAAGUCAAUGCAGAGGAGAAAAAGGAGUAUUUCAUUUAGAUGCAAAGCUAGAAUCUUGGAGUUUUACUUAUCAGGCUGACUGCUGGAGAAAACUGGCUAUCAUUUCUCAGAAUUCAUUUCUGCCAUCUUCUGCUAUCUUUAUUAACUCGCAUACCUGCUAUAAGUAGCCAGUUUAUGCCAACGAUCAGCUGUUGACAAUAUCAUUCUAUAAUUACAGUAUCAUACAUAAAGCAGGACAUUUCUUAUUGCCUAAAUUCAUAUCCACUGCUCUCUUAACAUACAGUGCUUGAAUAUACAGCCUUAACAAUGUUAAUCAUCAUUGUAAUCCAAGUUUUCUACAUUUUUAAAUGUUAUGCAGCUUUCUUCCUUUCCAACUUUCUUUUAUCAUGGUCCAUAUCAGUAUGUCAUAGAGUAUUUAUAACAAAUACUAUUAGGUAAGGACCUAAUUUACUUACAUUAAAGGAUAAGUCUAAGAUUAGAGGUUUACAAAGAAUGUUUUAUACAUGUCUAUAACUCAAAAAGCAAAUUUUUGAGACAUAAGCCCUAGGAAACACAAACUGAAAGCUUUUUAGUAGAGUUUCUUGUAUGCUUGGGUUUGAUGGGAAAGAAGUAUCAAUCCGCUGGGGUUUUUUUGAUUAGUUUUGCUUUGUUCUGGUGUUUUAAAUGGUACUUUGACAACAGUGCCAUGUUUCAGUGGUAAAAUCGUACUGAAUAGCUAUCCAGAUUCUGCAAAGUUAGAUAGUAGUGCUUCAUUUGACAGAAAUUUGUCCUGCCCUUUACUGCUUUUUGGGAUCACAAAGAUUAGAGGUCUUUCUGAGUAAUUUCUGUUUUUAUAAUUUAUUUGCUUCACAUGGACUCACCUGUCAACUCAAAUUUGAAGUGUUCAUGGGGCACAACUGCAAGACAUUUUAGUAUCUGUAUAUAGUGCAUAUAAUAAAUUCAGUUAAACAUUAUUUGAUACAUAUUUAACUUUUUUGGCAGUAGCUAAGUCAGUCACAAGUGAGAUUUUCUAAUGUCCAUUAUAUCCCUUUAGAUAUGACUCAAAUCAAUAUUCUCAGUAGGCAACAUGUAUUAGUAUUUUUUCUGUCUGUAUGUCCUAGCACUGUUCAGCAGCAAACUUUUCUAGUUCUUGUUAAUUUUUUUCUUUGUUAUACAAUGGAAGCACAAUGUUAUAUGGAAAGGUAGUUUUAAGCUAACAACCAGUGCACAGCCUCAGGUUUUAAAUUACAACCACAUUUGAUUACUAUCCUUAAAAAAUAUUGUUAAGUUGCUAAAAUUCUCAGUUUUUAAUUUGGCAGUUCCAGAGCUGCUUCUUUAUGUUGGU